AGCCCCUUCCCCUUCCCCAGAUCCCCUGUGGAUUGAAUCUGUAGCCCUGAAAAACACAUACGGUACAACAGUUGAGAUGGAAGAAGAAAUACAGUGUUCGUUGAAAUACAGCGGUUCAGUCGUCGUACUUCACGACGCCCUCGUCAUAACCAUGGAUUCUCAAAGUCGAGUUUUUCGGAACGGCGCUGUUGCUGUUCGAGGCGACACAAUUGUAGCCGUUGGCCAAUCGCAGGAUGUCAUAUCUCAGUUCUCCUCAACUUCACCCCAACUCAUUAACCUACAAGGACACAUUUUACUGCCAGGUCUGAUAAACACGCAUGUUCACACGUCACAGCAGCUGGCGAGAGGGAUAGCUGAUGAUGUUGACCUGCUGACAUGGCUUCAUGACCGCAUUUGGCCUUAUGAAUCCAACAUGACAGAGGAAGACUCUUACCUUUCCACUUUACUCUGUGGAAUUGAGCUCAUCCACUCAGGUGUCACUUGCUUUGCUGAGGCUGGAGGACAGCAUGUGCCUGGAAUGGCAAGGGCAAUCAGACAGCUGGGAAUACGUGCAUGUUUGACUCAAUCUGUGAUGGAUGCUGGGGAAGGAUUGCCUGCAUCAUGGGCAAAAAUGACUGUUGAUGAGUGUAUCCAGCAUGUUGCUGAGAUACCUUAUGAGAACCAACUUGUGGUGGAGAGAUAUGGAAUUGAUCAUGGUACCAUUACAUAUCUGGAGAAAAUCAAGCUACUGCAAGAUAAUUUACUGGCAGCUCAUACAGUUUGGGUCAACGAAAAUGAGGUUCGUUUAAUUUCACAAUCGGGGGUCAAAGUAUCUCAUUGUCCUGCUGCUGCAAUGCGUAUGCUUGGAUUUGCGCCAAUUAGAGAAAUGAUUGACGCUGGUGUUUGUGUUUCUUUAGGAACAGAUGGUGCACCUUCAAAUAAUAGGAUGAGCAUUGUUGAUGAGAUGUACUUAGCUUCUCUUGUCAACAAAGGGCGUGAAGUUUUCGGAAAAGGAACCACAGAUCCUACUGUCCUGCCUGCAGAAACAAUUCUUGAAAUGGCAACAAUGAAUGGUGCGAAAUCUGUGCUCUGGGAAAAAGAAAUCGGAUCACUUCAAGUUGGAAAAAAGGCUGACAUGAUUGUAGUUGAUCCUUCUUCUUGGUCGAUGAUGCCUGUUCAUGAUUGCAUCUCAAACCUUGUUUAUUGCAUGAGAACUGAAAAUAUUACAUCUGUUAUGUGCAACGGUUGCUGGAUCAUGAAAGAAGUUAUUGCUAUGGCUCAGAAGGCUUCUAAUGAGCUUUUGAAGCGGGCAGGGAUUCAAAUCCCGAGUAGAAUGAACUUUUUGUGAUUUCGCAACAUUUAACAGUUAAUGACAAUUUGGUUUUGAAAGGCCCAAGGAGGCGACUUGUGGACUAGCGCCUAUGGAGCAUCGGUGGGGAUUAGACGGGGCUCAAGUGGGGUCGUAAAAUGUGAAUAAAAUUAUUUAUAUUUAUAAUCAUGCAUAUCAUACAAAAUACAUUAUGUAAAAUAUACUGCUUCCUAUUUUUUAUAAAUGUCAUUUUGGUUUUAUUAACAAUUAAUCAAAUAAAUAACGUUUUAGAUCUUUUGUACAUAUUUUUUCAUUAUUACCCUUAU